UAACGGCAGGAGCAUCGACCCUCUUUCCUUUCCCUUGUUACUCCGGUAAGUGCUGAUUGGGCUCCUCUAUUGAUGCAGCGAUAUUCUUCCCGCAACGAAGGCAUAAUGAUGACUGCCGGCAUGGAGUAUAAAGAUGUUCAUGUGGUACAACAUUCCCAUCCUGUAGCUCAAACUCUCCGCUCAACCGGCAGUCGUUGACCCCAACAGCCUUUCCGCUCAUGCCAAGGUUCACUUCACCUUCUUCCGAGCUAGGGAGGCUUGACCUCCGCGACCGAGACCGUACUAUGCCGCCGGAAACCCGCUCUCAAAGGGCUGAAAGGAUUCGACAAGAACAAGACAGUCGGAACACCAGAGCUUCGCAGCGUGUAUCACGACAGGCGGCUGGAGCGGGUCCCUCGCGAACUACGACAGGCUCCCAUCAAUCUCCGACGGUGAGGUCUCCGUGGCAGCAAGCUAGAAUGUUAGGCUCUGCAACGACACAAGCCGCUCGAAUGGCAUCAAGCAGUGCCGUUGCUGAUGAUGGCGAACCUAGGGGCGAUGAAAGUGAUGGAGACGACGGCAGCAGCAGCGAAGGCGAUGACGGCGGCGAUGGCGGCGAUGCAGAGAAUGCGGCUGUAGUGCACAGGGCUCGACAAUAUGUUGGCCUCUUAAUGACGGUAUUCGAUCCUUGUGCGCGUCUUACCCCGGAGGAGUUUGCGCAGGUUAAUGCGCAGUCGUCGGCGUCAAGGUUUGCGCUUUUGCUGAUACGAAGCAGGACUAUUGCUGACAACUGUAAUAGCCAGGCCACACGAAGGCUUGCUGCGGCUAUCGUUCAGCUAAUCGGUCCUAAUGGUGACAGGCUCGCUCAAUUCCAGAACACUGUCAAUAUACCCGUUGGUCGAGGCUGGUGGGCCGGUCGGCUGGCUGACCACAUGCGGAAUCGUUUACAUGACAUCUUUGCAGCGCUCGCACGGCAUGUUCAGGAUCAGACACAAGGUGUCGGCGUCAUCACCACGAUCGAUAAAGUGAGAGAUCUUUUCGGGCGUAUUGACGGCAUUCUCCGGCGCCAGCUCAACUCCAUGGCAGUAGAAGACCGUGAGCCUUAUGUCGGGAUUCUCGUCGAUGCCCUAUGGCACAUUACUGCCAGACCUGAUGACAUCUAUCCUCGAGACAGCGGACCCAUUUUCGUCGGUGAAGCGAUCCGAUCAGAGCGCAACUUGCUGUCUUGCUUCCUGUCACCAUACUCACAACCGAUCAGUUGCAUCAACAUCUUGUCUCAUAUAAGCGUACAACUUCUGGAGCCACAUAGGGCGACUAUCGUGAGAAGCUGUAGGCAGAUGAGGCAAACGCUUGCGAGCGACCGAAGUCUUGACCAAAGAGUUCAGCAGGCUAUUCACACUCUCGAACGACGUAAGUUGUUUUCAUGCCUCCUAUGCGCCAGCGACGAGGCUCACAGACCACAGGUGCCAACGGACACGCCGAUUAGCGAUAAGGUCGCAUAGAGUCGCUUUCAUUGGAAGAUAUGGUUCCCUUAAUGUCCGGAGCUGCAAACACGCCUUCGGUCAAAUGUCGCCUGCCCUUCGCAGGAGGCCUGCGGUCCAUUGAUUCUUUGGCAGUCGAAA